AUGGCUUCACCCCAACCAGGAAGCCCACCAACCACAGAGCAGUAUACACCACCGCCUUCUGACACCGAACCCAAAAAAGAACUAGACAACUCAUCAGAGCAACCUACGAGAAGAAGAGGCAAAGGGAGACCGCCAAAAACUUUGCACACUUUUAAAUGCUCGACCUGUGAGGAGGUCUUUACCAACCCUUCAGCUCUACAAAGCCACAAGCUGUCAGUACAUGGGCAGUUUUCCAAGCAUCAGCGUUCCCACACUGCUCAGCGUCCGUUCCAGUGCCCACACUGCCAUAAGGCUUACAAGACUCCAAUGGAGUUACGCAACCACAGCCGUUCACACACAGGAGAGAAACCGUUUGUUUGUUUUGACUGUGGCAAGGAAUUUAUGCAGGCCAUUUGCCUGCGUAUCCACAUGACACAGCACAGUGGCGAAAGGCCACACUCUUGCCCUCAUUGCUCUAAGAGUUAUCCCACACUAUCCAAACUCAAAGUGCACCAACGAUCACACACAGGGGAGAAGCCUUACUUUUGUUCCGAGUGUGGGAAGAGUUUCGCCGACCCUUCGGUGUACCGCAAGCAUCGGCGCAAUCACCAAGGCCACCGGCUGUAUUCUUGCAGCCAGUGUGGCAAAACGUACACGGAGCUGAAGGACUUGAAGAACCAUGAGCGUUCGCACACGGGCGAGAAACCUUACCUGUGCUCAGACUGUGGCAAAGCCUUCUCUCGGUCGUCCUCUUUGGCGUGCCACUUGCGAAUCCACUCCAAGAGCAAGCCGUAUCAGUGUGAACAGUGCGGCAAAGGUUUUACUCAGCUGUCCUCGUACCAGUCCCAUCUUCGUACCCACUCGGGUGAAAAACCCUUCUUGUGUCCACAGUGUGGAAAGAUGUUCUCCAAUCCCUCUAGCUUCCGCCGACAUCAGCGGGCGCAUCAAGGAUUCAAGCCAUACCCUUGUGACAAGUGCACUAAGAGGUUUCGGCAACCUGCGGACCUUGCUGUGCAUCAGCGUGUGCAAUCUGGUCAGCGGCCCUACAAAUGUCAACGCUGCGAUAAAGCCUUCGUCGCUUCUUGGGAUCUGCGACGCCACAUGUUGGUUCACUCUGGUCUGCGGCCUUUUUCUUGCUCGGAAUGUUGCAAGACCUUUACGGAGCGCUCUAGUCUGAACAAGCACAGAAGGGUGCAUUCAGGGGAGCCUCCUUACAAAUGCCAGCUGUGCUUCAAGUCGUUUGUUGUGUCAUCCAGUUUGCGCAAGCCUGAGAGGACACACUUGUCUGAGAGGCCGUUACAGGUCCAGGCCGCUCCUGAAACAACUCCGAUGUUUCCCACCACCCUGCCCCAGUUCUCCUGCGCUCACUGUGAUAUGAUAUUUGGAACAUGGGAGGAAGUGCAGGCCCAUUCCAGCCACACUAUCUCUCCCCCGUCUGAUUCUACGGUUUCGGCUUUACCUAUUAGCCCAUACAUUUGUUUGACCUGCCAGACAGAGUUUGUUCAGCUGGCUGAUAUGCAGGCACACGAGAAACUGCACCCCAAACAACGACCUCACGUUUGUGACCAGUGCGGUAAGGGUUUCCUUUUCGCCGCCUACCUUCGCAAACACUUUUGCACCCACCGCGACACUGAGUCCUCAUCCUCCCUGCUGCAGACAGACAUAGUGCACUGUCAACCCCUGCCAUCUCCACCAAGUGCUGCGUCACCUUCGGGAUCUGAGCCCACUGCUAUUUCUCUGACUGUUCCGGUGACUGUGCCGGUGUCGGCAUUUCAGACAAUGCCAGCCCAUGUGUAUAUAGACAAGGAAGAGGGGCUCUGAGCUUAUUGCUUACUGUAUCGGUUUCUUUAAAAGAAUCUUGCAAAAAGCCAGAAAAUCAAUAAAAUCUAAUAUUUAAUAUUAUA